AUGGAAUUCAUAAAGAAGACGGAUAGCAAAGGAAAUACUAUCAUAUUCAAGCGUUACCAGGGCCGACCAUUUCACAAGGAAAUUCCUGGUAAUGUUGGUGACCAACUUGAGAAGGUGGCGUCUCUACCUUGUUGUUCAGAUGAUGUGUUGAUAUGUACCUUUCCAAAAUCAGGUACACAUUGGGUGUUCAACAUUGUCAACAUGAUACAGACCGGAAGUCUUCGAUACAAAGCCAAUCCAGUGAUGAUAGAAUUUCAGGAUCUUGAAAUAUUAGAUGAGAUGAAGUCUCCAAAGAUUUUGACUACACAUCUUACUUACCCAUUCAUCCCUAAGGCUGCAAAGGAAGGACAAAUGAAACUGAUUUACGUGCUUCGGAAUCCAAAGGAUGUCGUUUGUUCAUACUUUACAUACAUGAGUCAAAUUCAAUGCACAAGUUACAUUGGCAACUUUGGGGGAUUUUUCGAAGCUUUCCUCACGCACGAAUUCAUAUCAUGUGGUGGAUCCUGGUUCACUCAUACGAGAGAAUGGAGCACAGCGUUAUGUGAGAAUAAGGAUUUGAAGAUACUUUAUCUCACAUAUGAAGAUUUGAAAGAGAACCUGAAACAGAAUAUUAACAAAAUAGCCAAGUUUUUAGAGGUCGAGCGUGAAGAAAGUUUCCUCGUGAAUGUGGAACAUACUGUGGCAUUUGGAAACCUGAAGAAUAUACAUGCAACAAGUGCGGGAGAAAACGAAUUACUGAAACAUUAUGGAGAUAAUGGAAGGUUGCCGCUUUACAACAAAGGAAUUGUUGGUGGCUGGAAGAAUGUUUUCACUGUCGCACAAAAUGAAAAAUUUGAUGCCAUAUACAAAGAAAACAUGAGCGGGAUGGGAAACAACAUCAUACUUACUUUCGAAUGA